UCACGUGCGACAGUCAGUCACGCGCCAUUGUUCGCCUCCGUAUGCACUGCCGUUCUAUUCCUGUACAAGUAUGUGCCCGAGGAAGUUACGUCUGGUCCUGAUGCUGAUAGCAAUGUUUGCCUGGACCUCGGUAGUAGUCAUGGUAACGAAAACACAUCAACCCACAUUUUCUGAAGAUGGAAAACUGUUCGUCAACUCGCCAUUCAUGGAACCUGGAUUUUAUCAACACAUGGCUAGGAGAAACAAUUCAGCUGUGAAACAAAACUGGAAAAGUAGUAAUGUCGACAGGAAAGGAAAGACUGAAUUAGGACCCAUAGGUAACGAUGGUGGAAAUCACAGACAAGGUUUCUCUGAUUUAAUUAGAGGUUUCGGCAUUUCUUUAUUUAAAGAUACAGAUCCGAGUCGAUUUUACAUCAACGUUAACAAAUCUCAUGAGAUUUCUGCGUCUCGCGAGGUCCCGGAUACACGACCCACGGAGUGUGCAUCAAUACAUUAUAACAUUACGUCACUUCCGGCAGGGUCCAUAGUGAUACCAUUGCAUAACGAACCAUGGUCAACAUUCGAAAGACUUAUAAACAGCAUUCUGAAGCAUUCACCUCCAUCGCUUAUUCAUGAAAUUAUCAUUAUUGAUGACAUGAGCGAUUUGGAGCAUUUGGGAGCCCCUUUGGACGCAUAUGCAGAACAGUUCAGUUUUAUGCGAAUACACAGAACAAAAGAAAGAAUUGGAACGAUGAAAACUAGACUUAUAGGGACGUCGAUUGCAAAAGGCGAAGUGGUUGUUUUCUUAGACUCUCAUACCGAGGUCAAUAUUGGCUGGUUGGAGCCUUUAUUACACGAAAUAGCCCUAAACCGUGAAUCUGUCAUCCAACCUUCCAUAGAUACAAUCGACCCGGAGACAUUUCGAUACAGACGGUACUUCGCUAACGACAUGAGGGGUCAUUUUCAGUGGAACAUGGCGUACAGCUUUGUACCGUUAACGCCAAAACAAAAAGCGGAAGUUGCUGCCAAACCGACGAAAGCAUUCGACACCCCUGCCAUUGUGGGCUGCGCAUUUGCAGUUAACCGGAAAUACUUUCUUGACAUUGGAGGACUUGAUACGGGCAUGCGCACCUGGGGCGGGGAGGACGUAGAACUCUCCAUCAGGGUUUGGCUUUGUGGCGGAAGUAUGAAAAUCUCGCCAUGCUCUCACGUUGCUCAUAUUUUCAAAGCGGGACAUCCAUUUAAAAUGGAAUAUUCUGAUCUUGUCUACAACAACAGACGAACGGCAGAGAUGUGGCUCGGUGAGUACAGGAAAUAUUUCUAUUAUUUUAAUUAUGGCCUCGCAAAACCCGUAGAACCUGGUGAAAAAUUCGGUAUAAUGGAUAAAAUCAAGAAAAAAUUUAAAUGUAAAGACUUCGGUUGGCUUCUCAAAAACAUUUACCCGGAACUGGAGGUUCCACCAGAAGGAAGUGAAUAUUUUGGACACCUACGUAACAUAGGUUCCGGAUAUUGUUUCGGCCCUUCAGAAAAUUCCGUUCUUGGAGCUCAUCCUAUUCUUGUUGUAGGCGAUUGUUUUCUUUAUUACACCGUCCGAAACUUUGCGCUAAUCGGAAAUGGGCGACUUAUGAUGGACGGGAAAUGUAUCGAAGUCAAAAAGGACUAUCUUGUCGUGGCACCAUGUACAACCGGAAGUGGUAAAUGGGAUUUGAAAGGGAAAUUACUCCUUUAUGUUGACGGUGUUGGUACCAGAUGCGUCCUGCAAGUGGUCAAAACAAUUAACUUAGUGGAAACUGCGGUAGCCAUGGCGAUGUCUUGUGACGAUUAUGACUUGAAAUAUGCGGAAUGGCAAAUUGGUAUAAAAUUGUACAAAACUAAGGAAUCGUGGGAAACAGCAGAGUAGAAAUUGACACCAGCGGUGACGUCAUUGUUUAAGUAUGUUUGUUGCUUUGCUGCAUUUUUGCUUGCUUAUUUGCUUCAUAAACAAAUAAAUUAUAUCUCGACACAAAGAUGUUUUGAACAUUGUUAAAGUCGAUCUUAUCAGCGUCCCUCUCGACUUUAUCAACACUCCCCUAGUAUAUACAUAUUACAGUGCUGUUUAUGACGAAGUUUAAUUUUGAUAUAAAUUCUUACUCGGAAUCCUGAGGUGUAUAAUUUAUUGUGUAGAUGUAUAGAUAUUCGUGAUUUGUUCGUUUAUUCCUCUUUUUUCUUCCUCUUUCGUGACAAUAUCUACCCAGAGUUGUCGUUCAUUACACUUACUAUGUGAGUGUUAGGUAUUACACUUUGUACGAGUAGAGAGUGGAAAUUUUACAGAGUUUAAAUGACAUCUGCUUUUAUUUACACUGUAUCAUCUUAGCAUGUAAUUUAAAGUUUGUGUUUCGAGAUUCGUUAUAUUGCCAGAAAUGAAUACUGUAGCGG